CAUUUGCGGCACGGCGCACAACGCGCAUCCCAACAGCUAUUCGAAAAUGUGCGAGUUCGAAUUUCGAAGAACGCCAGCUCCAAGCAAUCAAACGAAAUAUGAGCUGUGCGUACACAACAGAUGCCGGACACUGCGUUUACCCCAAAAGCAUCAAAAGCGCACCGAAAUCGUACAGCAGUCAGUACGUGACCGCAACUCGAACUGUAAAGUAGUGGAAAAGUGUAGAACGCAACGCGAAUACAGCUUCACGUGAGCUGAGUGUUUAUCACACACAUACAUAUAUAUAUAUACAUAUAGUAUAUACAUGUGAUUGGAUGUGUGUUGUUGUGACUUUGCAACCCCUAGAAGGCGCACCACACCAACUUCAGCUCCAUUUGGUAUACACAGGCUAUAGAAACGGGCGACUUGGGACUCGCGCUGCCGACAAGGACAUCAAUUCGCAAGGAAAUAAAGUGUAAAUAAACUGCGAAGCCAGUCAGACAAGUGCAAAAGUGCUGUUAGUGUAUGAAAUAAAGCUUAAAGAGUUGAAAUUGUUUAAAAUUUUGUUGAAAAUGACGGAUGCUAAAGGACAAUAUCAGAAAUUGCCGCCCGGCUGGGAUUGCAAAUACGACCAAGCAACAGGAAAUUGUUACUACAUAAACUAUUUCACAAAGGCAAUGCAGUUGGAGGACCCGCGCGGACGCUAUAAGCAGCUGCAGAACGAACGCUGCUCCACCGAAUCCAUAGCGAUGCAGCCCAUAAACGGCUCACCCUAUCACGUGUAUCCAAGCAACAAUUUGCAGGCAGUACGUGCCUUUCAGGCCGGUCCUGGCACCAACACAAGUUUGCAUAACAUGUCAACCAGUCCGCUGCUGUCUUCUCGCGGGAAUUUGGAAUUAUCGCCGCUGCGUAUGCAACGCGGCUCACUGACGCAGACGCCACGCUUGGGUAAUAUGUCACGACGUUCGACCAUACAGGAGACUUCCUUCACAAAUCCCAUCGAUACGGAUGCGGUGGUCAAUAAAAUACAAAAUAUGUUUCCCACUGCCAGCGAGGAUCACAUACGUUUGCUGCUUAAAAAGUAUUACAAUCGUGAGGCCGUCGUCAUUAGCGCCUUACAAGUGGAGAAGCAUCCGGUCACCAUGCCAGGUCCCUAUGUGACGCCGCCGGCCCAACGUCAUCUCUACCAUAGCAACACCGUGUUUCAUUUGACACCACCAGCGCGCCGCCUGGACAAGGGCAUAACGGCACGCGGCCUCAAUGGCAGUGUUGCAGUCGGCAGCAGCUCACGCACAGCCAGUCCUCUGCCGGGCGGCCGUUUCGGUAGUGUCACAAGCGUGCAUGGUGGCGUUGGGGGCGGCGGCGGCGGCGGUGGCUAUAUGGCUGCAGCUGCUGCCGCGGCCAUGCCGUUUCAUCAGGGUUCGCCGCGCUUCGAACAAUGGCGCAGUUCACCGAAGCCGCACUCGUCGCCGAAGAUGAAAUUGAGAUAUUUGAAAACAAUUUUCCCCAAAGCAGACGAAAUGGUACUACUUGACAUACUUGCCAGCUCGGACAACAAUGUACAAACCGCGUCUGAGAAACUCAUCUCGAUGGGCUAUACAAAACGUGACUUUAUACCACCAAAAAUAUCGCAUCGUUCCGAUCACGACGCUGCGCACGCAGCCGCAGCUGCCAAAAAGGCUGCCGAGGAGACAAUUGUACCGUUACAACCAAAGAUUUACACAGCGGAGGAAAAAGCAACAAUACAAGCGCAUAUGAAGGAGAAGUUUCCACAGUUGGCGGAACGCAUUAUACUCAUGGCGCUGGAGUCGGUCAACUAUGCUGAGGAUCGUGCCAUACAAAUUCUCUAUAUUGUGCAAGAAGAGGACGAGUUGCAUGCUAAGAAAAAUGCCGCUGCCGCAGCUGCUGCGACCGAUGUAGCAAUGCAAUCGGCGAGUGCACAUGAUGCCGAAGUGAUUUUGGGUGCAGCGGAUGGUAUGCAUGGCCCAGGUGGUGGCGCCGCCGCCGCUGAUGAUAGUAUCAUCACUGUUGUUGUCAAAACACCGUUAAAUAGCUACAACGACGACCGCAAAAGCUAUCAAAAUGCUUCAACGAAACAUAACACAUAUGCGCCCACAUCAUUGACAUCAACAUCAUUACCAUCCUCAACAUCAUCAUCAUCGGCAUUAUUAUCAUCAUCGCUGCCACAAUCUGCAGCAGCAUGCAGCGCUUUAAAAUCAUCCACAAAAAUAAACGCCACAAGAAAUAUUGGUAGCAAAAAGGUAGCAUUUCCCUCCAUAAACCUCACCACGCCCACUACAGCUACUACACAAAUUAUACUUUCAAAUUCACCCACUUGCAUUGAACGCGAUGAAAAGGAAACGAAAGCGGCGGCAGUUGUAAUACCAGCUGAUGAUGUCGUUGACUCCUUACCCAACUUAUCCACAAUCAUUAAUCCAUCAGCUAUGCCAUCAUCAACCUCUAUAUCACCGUCCAAAGCUCUAAAAGAACUUCACAUAUCAUCCGAAUUGCCAUCUUCAGCCGCAUCGACUUCUAAUCUAGUCGCCAAUGAGUUUGAGAAACUUACGACAAAAAGCAUACUGGCGCGUUGCAAUACAUAUGCCUCUGGCAUCCAGGGAUAUCUGCAUGGCACUAAUUCCAAUAAAGCUGCCAACACUUCGGCUUCUAUUUUGGACAAAUUGAAAUUGACACGCUUGCGCGAAAAGACCGAACCGCUAAACGCCGCACAACCGGAUUCCACAGACGACGCAAGUACUUAUAAGCAGCGCCAAGAUUUUAAGUCCAUAAUAGGGCGUAUAACGACAAGUGGACACAGCGCAGAUUUGACUAAAGGCGCCGAUGAGAGUUUGCUGCUCGCCGACUAUGUGACCUGGAAUGGUGCCAAUCCCGAUAUGCCGCAGGGGAACAAUCAAAAACAAUUGGCACAGGGUCCAGACGCCGGUAAAUUAAGUGAGCGCAGCUAUACAGCCAUUGGACGCAAUCCGGAACUUUGCAAGGGUGCCCAAAAGGGUUUGGCUAAAGGUAGCAUUUAUGCUCAACUCGCUGCCGCUGGCAAUACGAAAACGGCAAACAUUAAAUGUAAUUAAUAAAAUUUGUGCAAAAAUUAUAUUUAUACAAACAUAUACACAAUUCUGAUAUUACAUUUUUACAUGUACUGUUUUUGAGUGUGAUUACGUGCCAAAUGUAGUUAAACGCUUUGUCUAUUCUUACUUCAAUUAAUAUUUUGAACUUUUUUGGGUAGUUAAAUGUGCGUUUGCACAUAUUCGUCCAUUUACUUAGUAAUUACACUGUCUAAUAAGUUUUCCAAUAUAAUCUCACUUUCGAAAAUCUCUACAAUAAUAUUUUCGUAAGAAUAUAUUGAAUACGUACGUAUGAAAUAUUCCAAGAAAAAAUACAAAUAAUUGAUAUUUGUAACAUAUGUGCACAAACGUACUAUGUAUGUUUAUUAAAAAAUUGUGCGUUAUACAUGUAAUCAGUGUUGUGUCGUAAGUUUAUCAAAUCUUGUAGCUCUUGGAACCGUUAGUGCGUACUUAUACAGAACAUAAUUCAAAAUACGUAUAUUUUUUCGAAUAAAGCUGUAUUUUUAAUAAAGAGCUGAA